AUGGCUGAGAACAAGGACGAUCUGAGUGACAGAGCCCAUUUUGACCCUAACUGGAUCAGCUAUAACGGAGGAUACUUACAUUCCAAUAACGUGCUCUUCUAUUUUGCAACAUCCCCGUUCUUCGACCAAGUGUCUGGCAACCAGUCAUUGUUUACCCAGUGGGUAGGCACUCCCAACCAGAAUGAGAUCCUAGGCACAAGAGCGAGAUUUGAAUCAAAUCUCCGUCACCAGCGCGGCAUCCAGUAUGUUGUCGAGCACGAUCCCCUCGAAGAGAAAGCCACCGUUGAAGGGCCCAAUGGACCAGAGAACACCAAUGUCUGGGUCAUCCGCAAGCAGAACCGAGAGAACGAGAGCGACGAUAGUGUCACCGUGCUCGGAUAUUAUUACAUUGUCAACAAUGUGAUCUACCAGGCUCCUUCCGUUGCCAGCAUUCUGAACAAUCGAUUGUUGAACACAGUCGCGGCACUCAACAAGCUCUUCAACGCCCCGACGGACAUGUCGCUCUUCUCGGUGUCUCAUGGCCACACUUACUACAAGCCUGUCAAGCCAUCUACACGGCAGGCUCUGUCAGGAGGAGCUGCUCCUCAGAGUAGAGAGGGAUCUGUGGUGCCAGAGAGCCGAGCACCCACUGGUGAGAAAGUAGCAGUAUCUUCGCAGGCAAAUGUAGAUGGUGGCAGUGGAGCAAGGACGGCGUGGGAAGCGCUUCGCAUGACUAUCGCAUAUGGAAAGGAGUAUUCGGACGACAUGCCCUUGGUGGGUGAGCCAGGGAAUUUUCGGUUUUCUAAGAACAAAGAUGCCGCAGCUACGGCUGGCCAAGCUAAAGCUACGGGCCCGACAUCAUCGCCACCCAUUGGAGCUCCCGGUCAAUCGCGAGCUGGCUCUGUUGCCGCACCUCGGUCGGCUACCGCUGCUGCAGCUUCCGGGGUAGCGAGAGUGGGAGACAGAGCUACGCCUAUAUCUGAUGGAGCAGCGAAAAUCAAGCGGAAGAAAAGUAAAGUUGAUGGAGGCAGUCCCUGA